CGUUUUAGAAUAUCACAAGUAAUAAUGGCUGCGGUACCGGUUUUCAUAGCGACAUGCCCCGAUGAUGGGUGCAAUGCUGUUCUUAUCUUUCCAUCAAAGGAUAAGAUUGUUGACUGCCAUGGCUGCGGACAGCGCCGUAAGGCAUCUGAAGUUAAAGAUGUCAGACAGAUGCGAGAACAGGCACUGGGUGUCAAAAAUGUUCUGCGAAGCCUCCUCCUAGCAACAAAUGCAAACAUGAAGAAGAGUGCUGUUUUGGUAAAAAUAGAUGGUUUAUCAAAUUACCAUUGUAAGCUGUUGUCACCAUUGCUUACCUACCAUGGAAUGGAUAAGAAUACCCAAAAAGCGAAACCACUGUUAGAAUUGACAAACAAACCGACAUUUGAUUGUAGUAUUCUAAGUGACCGCAGCUUCUUAAUCUGUGCUGAACAUCUUGAUAUUCUUGGUUAUGGACGAGAUCAGUCCGGGAGUCUUGACUACUUAGCAGAAACUCUGAGGUGCAUUGAAGAGGCCAAUGGGGAUAGGAAAGCGCUGGUCCCAAUACAUGCUGAUGCUGAUGGCCAUUGCUUGGUCCAUGCCGUGUCUCGAGCUCUUGUUGGCCGACAACUCUUUUGGCACCCCUUGCGCACCCAUUUAAAGAGACACAUCCUUGAGAAGAAAGAUAUAUAUAAGGACCUGUUGCAAGACUUCAUUAAUGCGUCAGAAUGGGACCUGAUCAUUGAUGAGUGUGAUCCAGAUUACAUGCCAGAAGAGGCAAAGGGAGAAAUCCUGGGCCUUCGUAACAUUCAUGUUUUUGGGCUGGCCAACGUUGUCAAGCGUCCCAUAAUUCUGCUCGACUCUGCAGCCGGCAUGAACUGUUCAGGAGAUUAUUCAGCUGUGUUUUUACCAGCACUUGUAAACCCCGAUGAAUGCAGGAGUAAGAGCAAAGAUCUCAACACGCCAUUGUGCCUUGCGUGGAGCAGCUCUGCGAGGAACCAUUUCAUCCCUCUGGUGGGAAUUAGUGGAGAGAAAUUACCUGUGAUUCCACGCAGACUUUUACCGGAGGUGUGGGGUGUAUCACAGAGCCUGCUGUCUGUAUAUAUGAAUUUUGAUGACCAAGACUGCGUUGUUGUUGGUGGCAACAGAGUUUUACAGCAGAGCUACAUCAGAAAGCUGGCAAAUGCAAUGGAUGAGUUAUUUUUGCAGAAGUUCGGUGUCCACCCAUCACUAGUUUGUGAUAUGUAUCAAUACAAUUACAAGAAAUCAAUUGCCGCUGCUGUUUCACCGCAGCUCGUAACAUCAAAUACGCAGAAGGCCAUACGAGAACGCCGUGUUUUCAAGUGUUUGAGUUGCUAUGCGCUUUGUAUGGCACCUCUGUCGUCUGAAUGGCUGCGUCCUGGGAACAAUGGAUUGUUUUACAACCUUGUUGUGAAACAGUAUGGUCUGCUGGAGGACAAGAAAGUAUAUAGCUUCUCAAAUUACGGUGUAACCUGCUCGUAUGAUGCGAAGAAGGAUGUUUUGAUUCUGAAUAAACACCCUGGUGUUGAAAAGUGCGCCUUCUGUCUAGACAUGAAGCUGCGGUUGGUAUUUUCUGAUGGCUCUGUCGCAUAUGAAAAUGGCGACGUCACUCCGACACGGGCGGUUUCAUCGCACUGUCAGUGUGGCUAUAAGCACUGGUGGAAUGGAAAGGAGUAUGACAACCAUCCAGACUUGAUUCCUGUAAUGAUGGCGUGGAAAGGGCGUGAGGCUACUGAGGUCAUAGCGUGGUUUCAGUACGAGUCUGACCCAAGCCUGAAUAGCAAUGUAUUUCACGUUGCGUCCUGCGUCGUACAGAAACACUUCCCAGGUGAGUUUGGAAGUGAGAGGCUCAUUCAGAAAGUGGUCUCUCAGAUCCUAGAAUUGUCAAAGUGCUUGGAUGCAAUGCGGAAACUGUCAGGAUCAGGCGCAUCCCAGCUGCCUGCUUUAAAGAUCUAUCAUGAAGAUGAGUUGUGCGCAGAUGUUCCCACUAAAAUUGUUUCAAAGCACCAGGAGCAUGCGCCUAAGCAAAAACCACGCAAUUCGCCUGAGGGAAAUGAAUCUAAGACUCCGUCUUGUUCUGAAGUACCAGUGGCAGUCCAGCUCCAAGGAAAUAAGGACCAAAGCAAGAAGAUGGCUGCUAUGACUAGUGUAGAAAAUCUGUCUACCAAAGAUACGUCUGUUAGCGAGGAGAAACAGGGACUUUCUCCUAUAACAGAGAUAGAUAAAUCAAAAGAAACGAGUUAUGCCAGAAUGCUGAAAGCUCAGAUUGAUUUGAAAGAACAGCAGUCAGAGUAUAAGCAGUCGAAAGAACGAGAAUAUCAGACUCAGUUUCAGAGGCAGGCGCGUCAGUUGGCACGGCACUCUCACCCCGUUCAGGACCCUGACAGCUUUCAUUCUACCAGUCCUGAGUUUACUGGUCUGUGGAAUUAUGACAGAUAUGACACUCGUACUAAAUCCAGAGGUCACGGAAUACUUUUGGACCCACGCAGUCCAACUCAAGAAGAUAUUAACGAUGUUCGGCCUGAUGAUAGUUCUCACUACAGUGGACUUUUUGAAUCUGAAGAAAGCAGUCGCACGUUUCUGGUUGAUCGGGCCGAGAAGUCAUCCACUAAGACUGUACGAGUCGGACCCGGUUACUCGGUGCUAGCGUUGCCUGAUCCAUCACGGUCUAAUGCCUCAACUACAGAGGCGCUAAGUACGUGGGCUGAAGGUGCCAAGAAAAUUGUUGCUCCUUGGCUUCAGAGGAGUAUCACCAGCAUUCAGGAAAGCCGUGAAAAGCGCGGUACCUCUUCGUCUCUCGGCGGAUCGGUUGGUGGAAUGGGCAGUGAAAUGCGUGCACCCUCUUCAGGUUCAGAGCUGAACAUACCAUUGGAAGGAUCCUCCGCUACAGGAGACAGACGUAGAAUGGAUUCAGCAAAAUAUGACACUUGUGAAGGCAGAACAGAACAGAAUGCAGUAAGCCACAACACAGAGGAAGAAAGUGCUGAAAUAGAGCAUUCAGAAUCAAGUUGAAGAAGAGGAUGUUUAAGGUAUUGAAUGCUAUUGUUCCUGUGUAAAUCUGUAAUUUAAACAAAAUUACAGAUUUAUUUUCAAUGCCAACUGUUGCCGUCUCGCUGGUCAUUCCAAAAAUAUCUUGGGAUUAAUGAAUUCUUCUUGGGCUGCCAGCCGUGGACGAGGACGGUCCUCGAAACGUCGCCGUUCUCUCCAUUAAACACUUCACAUGGCUGGCAGCCCGAGAAGAAUUUAUUAUAUUUAGUCGCUGUGAAAGGUUCGUAUCAUACGUAUCUUGGAAUUAUUUCACAAGAAGAAGUACAGGUCAUUGAACUGAAACUUCAUGAUUCUGUAUUUCUCACCAGUUGGCCAUAGAAAUGUCACUGUGUACCUUUUACCUCUUAGUGAUCCUUAAGACAUGAUAUUAUAAGAAAAUGUUCAUGAAGUGAAAGAUUUAAACAAACUUGUAAUCAUAUAAUUGCAUGAAGCCAUUUUAGAGAACAGUAAUAAUGUGUGAAGUGAAAUGAAACUAACUUUGGUGAGAUUUUUCUUGUGAUUUAUUCUGCUCAUUGUAUUUUGUAACUUCACUUGAAAAUCCACUGUUUUGUUUCAAUAUUAACUAUAAAUUAUGUGUACUGUAUCAUGGGGUAAUAUUCUUGAUUUUUAUUACUCUGUUUAUUUUCUUGUGUAAUAUGUGACAUUAAACAUAGUUUCAGAAUUGUUAGAUAUUUAUGGUAAGAAAUCUUUGUUAAAUAAUUCUAAUUUAAACCAUUCUCAGAAGUCUUAAAAAGUUCAUAUUAAAAUCUUUAAAAUGCCAAUUUUUGCGCAUAUUAGAACAUUUAUUAUUCAUAUUUGUGCCUUUCUGUGCCAAACUGACUUCUUACAUCAAAAGUUUCAAGAGCUCAAGCCAUGGGCUUCAUUUGUGAGGAUGAGGACAGCGCCGCUGCCUUUAAAAGUACUUGAGCGGGCCCACGAGUUUUUACGUGCUGCUUUGUAUUCUUUCCUGAUUUCUCUUAUUUCAUUCGGAUGAACGCCAGAUUAGUUUCUUAAAGUAGGUCGCAUCCAACAUUCAUUUUAAAUGUUCGUAGUAAUCCUAUUACAGAAUGCUUUAACUGUGUUUUAUAGGGGAUGGUUAAAAUAUCUUGAUAAUUCAUGACAGUAGAGCUUAAAAUGAAUACUAUACACCAGACUGCUUGUGUGCUUCGGCUACUGACGGUAGCACCAGAAUUGCCAACGCCUUACUCUUUUAAAAGUAAGCCAUUGUUCUCUCCCUUCCAAACACAGUAAUCGUUUAGCAUCAUUUCAGCUUUUAUAUGCGUGAAUAGCCAUAAACAGUGAAAUGAAAGUUUUAUUAAGUUCUGAAACUUUAAUCAUUUCAUUUUUAACGGUUAUUUUUGGCCUUCAUUUUAAUUCCAUGUGUUCAAAUUCUGCAUAACCAUAGAAAUUUAUAUGCUAUUAAUUUUCGGUCUCUGCUUACCGAUCCCUUCGUAAGUGGUUCGUAAUUUACUCCGGUUUACCUCUUAGUUCAAAUUACUUUAAGUUGGAACUAGAAAGAGAACUGUAUGUAAAUAAAUUAAAUAUUAAGGCUUGUGA